AUGUACAAAAUAGAGAAUAUUAUAGAUAUACAAAGACUAACCAAUAAUAAAUUAAAUGAACUCAUAAAUAAAUAUUCGGGAUCUAUAAAAGAUCUAAUAACUAGAUAUACCCAAUUUGAUUUGUAUACUAGUCAAUAUGGUACAAAUAUAGAAAAAAAAUUAAAAUGUAUAGAUAAAGAACUUAAAGAUGAAGAAUUAAAGUUUAUAAGAUUACAACUAAGACUUGAAAAAAUUUUGGAACUGAUAAAUAAUAAAACAGAAAGUAAACCAAAUGGUAAACAAAUAAUUUCAACUUCAAAUAUACCUUCAAAUAAACCUCCAAAUGAACAAAAAAUAUGUAAUAAAAAUAUACAAAAAAGUGAUUCUAAUAAUAAAUCAAAUAAUAUAGAUAAAUAUAUAUCACAUAGCUCUAAAGAAACUAUUUCAAAAAAAGAAGAUAUUGAACAAGAUAAAAGUAUAAGUGUGCAUAUAAGCUGUGAUGAAUCAAUUCGGAGUUUAAUUAAUGAAUAUUUUAAUGGAAAUUCAAGAAAUAACAAAGAUGAAAGUAUAGACAUAUCAUCUAAAUAUUAUAAAGGAGCUAAUAUUGAAGAUAAAUCACAAAUAACCCGUACAAAAAUACGUCAAAAGAAAGAUAAUAUUAGGAGAACACUCAGACCCUUAAAUAAACCCAAUGAUAAUUCAAAAUCUAAAUGUUAUAAAUACUGGGAAUAUAUUAAGAAUUGUUUUGGAUUAAAAAAAGAAGAUAAAACUUGUAAUUAUCUACAUUUAACAAAUCAACAAUGGGAUAAUUUUAUAAAUGCAAUUCAUACAAAAAAGCAAGUUCCAGAAAGUGAUUCAAUAGAAGAUUUAGGUAUUGAAAAUCUACAACCUAUUGUUGUUGAAUAUGACUCAAUAAUUAAACCAGACAAAUAA